AUGGUCUUAACAAGACUUCAAAAGAAAAAACAAGAACAAUUACAGCAAAAGCAACAGCCGCAACAACAACCUCAAAAACGUGGCCGAGGACAGCCAAGAAAAAAUAUCCAACAACAAAUUCGUCCUCAAGUACAAGAACAUCUUCAUGAACAACAACAAAAUCGAAAUGAACAGCGACAAAAACAACAAGUACAGGCAGUAGGUCAUCAACUUUACCAAUAUAAUCAUCAAAUUAAACAAUUUUGCCAAAGCAGAUUACAAUUGCUCCGUCAAAAGAAACAACAACAAGCUUUACAACAACGACCACGAAGUAGUAAUGAAAGAAACUUGUAUCUUUUGGCAGAUGCUGCUGCAUUUUUAGACGAAUUUAAUAAAUGA